CGCGGCCCCGGGAGCCCGCCCCGCCGGGGCCUCUCGGGAGCGCACUGGGCGGACGCAGGGCGGCGGGAGCGCACGGUCCACCACAGGCGCCGCGGGUCGCGAGAGCCGUCCCGCUGCUGCCGCAGAACCGUGAGUCCGGGCGCUGAGGAAACCCACCGGGAACCGAAGAUGCCGAAACCAAUCAAUGUCCGAGUUACCACCAUGGAUGCAGAGCUGGAGUUUGCCAUCCAGCCGAAUACAACUGGAAAACAGCUUUUUGAUCAGGUGGUUAAGACUAUCGGCCUCCGGGAAGUGUGGUACUUUGGCCUGCAGUAUGUGGACAAUAAAGGAUUUCCUACCUGGUUGAAACUUGAUAAAAAGGUGUCUGCCCAGGAGCUCAGGAAGGAGAAUCCCCUCCAGUUCAAGUUCCGGGCCAAGUUCUACCCUGAAGAUGUGGCUGAGGAGCUCAUCCAGGACAUCACCCAGAAGCUUUUCUUCCUCCAAGUGAAGGAGGGAAUCCUUAGCGACGAGAUUUACUGCCCUCCUGAGACCGCAGUACUCCUGGGUUCCUACGCAGUGCAGGCCAAGUUUGGAGAUUAUAACAAAGAAAUGCACAAGUCUGGGUACCUCAGCUCUGAGCGGUUGAUCCCUCAAAGAGUCAUGGACCAGCACAAACUUACCAGGGACCAGUGGGAGGACCGGAUCCAGGUGUGGCACGCAGAGCACCGUGGGAUGCUCAAAGACAACGCUAUGUUGGAGUAUCUGAAGAUUGCUCAGGACCUGGAGAUGUAUGGAAUCAACUAUUUCGAGAUAAAAAAUAAGAAAGGAACAGACCUUUGGCUUGGAGUUGAUGCCCUUGGACUAAAUAUUUAUGAGAAAGAUGAUAAGUUGACCCCGAAGAUUGGCUUCCCUUGGAGUGAAAUCAGGAACAUCUCUUUCAAUGACAAAAAGUUUGUCAUUAAGCCCAUCGACAAGAAGGCGCCUGACUUUGUGUUCUACGCCCCCCGCCUGAGAAUUAACAAGCGGAUCCUGCAGCUCUGCAUGGGGAACCACGAGCUGUACAUGCGCCGCAGGAAGCCCGACACCAUCGAGGUGCAGCAGAUGAAGGCCCAGGCCCGGGAGGAGAAGCACCAGAAGCAGCUGGAGCGGCAACAGCUGGAAACGGAGAAGAAAAAGAGAGAGACUGUUGAGCGCGAGAAGGAGCAGAUGAUGCGCGAGAAGGAGGAGCUGAUGCUCCGGCUUCAGGACUACGAGCAGAAAACCAAGAAGGCAGAGAAAGAACUCUCUGACCAGGUUCAGAGAGCCCUGCGGCUGGAGGAGGAGCGCAGGCACGCGCAGGAGGAGGCCGAGCGGCUGGAGGCCGAGCGCGUGGCCGCACUGCGGGCCAAGGAGGAGCUGGAACGGCAGACGGUGGAUCAGAUAAAGAGCCAGGAGCAGCUGGCUGCAGAGCUUGCAGAGUACACUGCCAAGAUCGCCCUCCUGGAAGAGGCAAGGCGACGCAAGGAGAACGAGGUUGAAGAGUGGCAGCACAGGGCCAAAGAAGCCCAGGACGACCUGGUGAAGACCAAGGAGGAGCUCCACCUGGUGAUGACAGCGCCCCCACCGCCACCGCCCCCCAUGUACGAGCCAGUGAGUUACCAUGUCCACGAGGGCCUGCAGGACGAGGGUGCCGAGUCCAUGGGCUACAGCGCCGAGCUGUCGAGCGAGGGCAUCCUGGGUGACCGCAACGAGGAGAAGCGCAUCACCGAGGCCGAGAAGAACGAGCGUGUGCAGCGGCAGCUGCUGAUGCUGAGCAAGGAGCUGUCCCAGGCCAGAGAUGAGAAUAAGAGGACCCACAAUGACAUCAUCCACAACGAGAACAUGAGGCAGGGCCGGGACAAGUACAAGACGCUGCGGCAGAUCCGUCAGGGCAACACCAAGCAGCGCAUCGAUGAGUUCGAGGCCAUGUAGAGGCCAGGCCAGGACUGAGGCUCUGCCGAGGCUCACCUGUUUCUGCAGUACGCUAAACCUAGCACCCCCUCAGCAUGUCCCAGGUCCUUUAAAAAGAGAGCAGUUGUCCCGGCAGAAAUAUUCUGGGCUGGGAACCAGUGGAAACUCCCUGGUUUAUUUUUCCCACCUGUACCUUAGUGCCAAACAGGUCUGAUUUUUAUGCUGAUUAUUGAAUCACUUCCUGUUUUGUGCUUACGGCAGGACUGAUUGAAUUAAGGAGAGAUACCUGUAAAGUCUCAGUAACAAGCUUUAUGCUGGCCUGUGUGAUACAAGAUUCAGUACCAUUAAAGAAAACCACACCGUGGCUUACAUCUGUGCCAUACUUUUUCUGUAUUUAAAGUGAGCUCAAAUUGGUUGAUUUGUUCUUGAUUUCUAUGAAGGAUCCAUCUCUGUAUAUUUGUGUUUUGAGGGGUGAAAAUUAUUUUGAAAAUUGAGUCUAAAGCACUCUCACACAGUGAUUUCCUUCCUGCAGUCAUUCAGUUCAGCUGGCAGAAAUCUGCGGUGGUCAUUCAGAAUGAACAGCGUAGGAAGACACGCUUGGAUAAACUUUUUAUGUUUUGGGGGGUUUUUUUGUUGUUUUUUUGUUUUUUGAUUUUUUGCUUAACAAUUAGUAGAAUACAUUGUUGGACUUACACACCUAAUUAAAAUCAGCUAUAGAGUAUAGUAUUUAUAUGUAAGUGAUAAUAUGGGUUUGUAACAUUAGUUCUAAAAAGGGAAAGUUUUGUUCUGUAUAUUUUGUUACCUUUUACAGAAUAAUAAAAGAAUUACCUUUAAAAACCAUGUAACCACAGCACUUGAUCUGAUGUGAGGUGAGGGCAGGAAUGAAGUGAUUAACUGCUGUAAUCUCAUCUGUAAAAAUGAUUUUUUUACUUUUAGUGUUCUUUGUGCGUGUAAUUGACUAUGCACACUUCAAUUUUCUGUCAAAGCUUCUUGUUUGAAAAAUACACACACUAUUAUGACCAUUCAGACUCCAGUGAUGAAGGGACUCUUCGACCUGCUUAUCACCUCUGUGUUCCCACAAGAAGAACUUUAUCCUGACCUAUUUCCAGUCUCUACUGACUAGCUGUUAAAAUGUCAGUUUGCAUCAGCCAUUGGUUCUGCUCAUUCAUGUCGGUCCUUUUCAGUUGCGCCAUCACGUGCGGAUGAGUUCCACCCGCAGAUGUGAAAUAAAAGCUCUGCCAGGCGA